AUGCCGAAAGCAACAAUCCGCAUGGAAAUCCCAAAUAUUAUAAAGCCCUUUAAUCUCUUGAAUUUGACCAUGAACAAACCAAAGAAAACGCUAUCAACAACUGACACAAUUGAAGACAAGGAAGUGAUUCUAGUUGCAGACUUUUUUGAUUCGUUCACCGCAACUAUUAAUACAGCAUACGAAUAG